GGCCAACCAACAGCGUGCAUCACUGUCCAGGCCGCAGAGUCUGUAGCUGCAAAAAUGUCCAUAUUGUGUUUGCAUCCACAACUCCAACCUUUAGUAACUCCAUAGCUGCACCCUUCAAAGGGAAAACAACAUUUCAGCAGUUGCUGCUGUUGCUAGCUUCAACAUAAGGAGAAGAAGCUCUGAUGUGACAGCUGCAGGCUGUGAGGAUGGCAGCAGAAACGAUGGGGUCUGAGUAGACUGGCUGUGUGUUGGAGGUCCACAGUUUGGAAAUAAUGCCGUACAGUAACAGAGAGCUGGUGGAGUUCUUUAUAAGCUACAAGCUGUCUCAGAAGAACUACCCAACCUCUAUGCUGAGGCCAGAGGAUGCCAGUGGAAGGACUGAGAGAGACAAGGCCACCACAGCUGCCAGUAACGGCUUGCUGGUCACCAGCAGGAACGGCAGUGGGCGGCUGGGGGCGUCGUCAUCCCCUUGUGGCGACAUAGAGUCCGUGAAGGAAGCACUGCAGAACUCAGCCGACAAGUUUGAACUGCUCUUCUCAGAAGCGUUUAGUGACCUCUCCUCACAAAUUGACAUCACUCCUGAAACAGCCUACCACAGCUUUAAGAGCGUGAUGGACGAGGUGUUCAAGGACGGAGUCAACUGGGGACGUAUAGUGGGCCUGUUUACCUUUGGCGGUGCCAUUUGUGUGAAAUGCGUUGAGAGGGAUAUGAGCGACCUGGUUUCCCGCAUCGUUGACUGGAUGACUAUUUACCUGGAUGAGCACAUCAGCCCAUGGAUCCAGAGCCAAGGAGGUUGGGACUGCUUUGUGGAGCUUUUUGGGCGAGACGCAGCUGCAGCAGCGACAGCGUCUCGGGAGACUCUGAGGAGAUGUCUGCUAGUUGGAGUUGCGCUGCUAACGGGAGUGCUGGUCGGCGUGCUCAUCGCUAAGAAACAGUGAAGGCGCUGCAUCCUGUUCACCGCCGCACACACCCCUCGUGUAAUGCUACGCCAACAAAAAACAAAACAAAACUAAAUAGUUAAUGUUUACAAAAAAGCCCAGUCUGCUUGUGCACUGACAGAAUGUGGAUUUGGCUGAAGCAGUUUGUGGGAGUGUCCAUGAUAUGUAGCUUGGUGAGCUGUUAUACUUCUCACCCCGCUUUGUCCUGUGUCUUUUAUUUCACACAGCAGAUUUUCAGUUGUUAGAGUUACUCAAGACUGAAAGUGCUUUAAAUGAACCUGAUAAGCUAAGAGACAGUGAAACAGAUUCAGCUGGUUUGAUGAGACUGCUUAUUUUUUUUUCCCUUUGUGUGUUAUCCAAGGACCAAUUUUUAUCACUUAGAAUACCAACUGACAGCUGACAGAGAGUAUAAGUUAUAUUUCCUUUUCCACUGUGUAAUGCUCAGCUCCUUUUGUUGGCUGUACUGGAGUUUUAGGCAUGCUUCAAAAAAAUAAAUAUAUUUAUGUUA